AUGAGACCCUAAAUUAUCAGAUUUCCAUUACGUUAUGAUGUGACAAUGACAAGCCCAAUAUUUUGAAGUCCCGAGUCAAAUAUAUGCACUAUACUCGUCAAGAUUUUUAUAAAAUUGUUUACCUCUGUUUUAAAUUUUCUCGAUAACAAAUUGCUGCUCCAAAGUCCACCUGCAAGCUACGGUAUUUCAGUAUUUCAAAUAUAGAGUUAACAGAAGGUGAACAAUGGGGGAACAUAAAGCAGUUAAGUAUGACCCAAACACGGAAGCGUUCCAAAUGCGAGCGCAGUGGAAGAAACAGGAUAACUGCAGACAACAGUGGUUUGAAAGAUGGAGUUGGUUGCUGGACGAAAGAAAGCAAGCAUUGGCUGAAGCUGAAGCCAUUCGGCAAGAAGCUUCGUCUGUCACUCGCUCUCAAGUAACCAUGAAGAUAGAUGAUGGGAAAUCCCUGAAACCAGUACCUCUUACUUCCACAGGAGUAAUAGGAUGGCUCGCCUCCAGGCCUGAUUGUCGAUUAGAAAUUUACACGUCCUGGCUCACAAAGCCCCCUAUAAAACUGCCUGACGCCUGGGACAAUCCUCACUACAUGGGUAAAAAGAAAUAACACAUUCCUUUCCUUAUUAUACGAUAAUAAUAAUAAUUCAUUAAUAUCUGAAUGUUAGUAAAUAAAUAGUCAAUAAUUUCUUAGUCAAUUAUAAACAUAUAUGUGCAUUUAAUUCAAAUUGUAUGUUUUUAUUUCAAUUAUUCUGCAAAGAAUGCGUUCGUGCCUCAUUGUGAACAUACCUUACAAGCCAUUUGUAGCAAUUCACACCACGUAAUUGACUCCAGUGGAUAAUUGGCAAAGCAAUUAAAAAUCACAACAUUUACAUGAUUAGCGUAUGCCCCAGUGGUUCGCGUUUAAAUCUGAUAAAUAAAUGCGCUCCCGCAAUAAAACUUUAAAUGUUAAUAUGUAUUUAGAUGUAAAACGUUCUUGCAUUUGUAUUCAUUCAAAUAUAAAUCACUUACGUGAUACUCGUAUUUAGUUUUAUCAUGGCCAUAUCAUUUGAAAUGAUCGCCGAAAAUAAAUUCCCUUUGAUUAGUGCAUUGCUCCUGGCUGAAUGUUUAUUACACUGUCUGUACGUACAUAUUAAAUUGAUUCUCCAAUAUUUACAUAUCUACGUAUAACGUACUUAUAUCUUUCAUAACUUGGAUUUUCCUCACCUAUUUUUGAAAACAAAAUAAAUACAAAGAGAAAGUUAAUUUGUACUUAUACCUUAAUUAAAGGGAUAUUUAAUUUUGAUUACACUCCAGAAAUUAAUGUUCCCAUGACUAUCCAUCCAGUAAUUUCACUUCCGCGCUCCAAUUUUACGCAAAAUUAGGUUCCGUUGUUUUUCUAAUCCAUUAUAUUCGCUGUUACCAUACCAUAACACAAGUUGUUAUAAGUAUCUCAUAACAUAUUUAUAGCAGAUAAUGAGAAUUGAUAUAAAUAAAUAUUUUGUAUAUGAAAAGCCA